AUGCCUCAAGCUUCUAGCCUUCCCGCGUGGGCCGAGCUCCAGGCUCACCGCGACAACGUCGGCAAGAACUUCGUCCUGAAGGAGGCCUUCGCCAACGACACCGACCGCUUCGCCAAGUUCAGCCGUACCUUCAAGAACGACGCCUCCGGCACCGACAUCCUCUUCGACUUCUCCAAGAACUUCCUGACCGAUGAGACCCUCGACCUCCUCGUCAAGCUGGCCGAGCAGGCCGGCCUUGAGAAGAAGCGCGAUGCCAUGUUCGCCGGCGAGAAGAUCAACUUCACCGAGAAGCGCGCCGUCUACCACGCAGCCCUCCGCAACGUCGGCGGCUGGGACAUGAAGGUCGACGGUGUCGACGUCAUGAACAACGACGGCGGUGUCAACUCCGUCCUCAACCACAUGAAGGAGUUCUCCGAGCAGGUCCGCAGCGGCGAGUGGAAGGGCUUCACCGGCAAGAAGCUCACCACCAUCAUUAACGUCGGUAUCGGAGGUUCCGACCUCGGCCCCGUCAUGGUCACCGAGGCUCUCAAGCACUACGGCGCCAGGGACAUGACCCUCCACUUCGUCUCCAACAUUGACGGCACCCACAUGGCCGAGGCCCUCGCCAACUCGGAUCCCGAGACCACGCUGUUCCUGAUUGCCUCCAAGACCUUCACCACCGCCGAGACCACCACCAACGCCAACACCGCCAAGUCCUGGUUCCUCGAGAAGACCGACGGCAAGGGCGAGAUCGCCAAGCACUUCGUUGCUCUGUCUACCAACGAGGAGGAGGUCACCAAGUUCGGCAUCGACGCCAAGAACAUGUUCGGCUUCGAGAGCUGGGUCGGCGGUCGCUACUCCGUGUGGAGCGCCAUCGGCCUCAGCGUUGCCAUCUACGUCGGCUACGACAACUUCCACAAGUUCCUGGCCGGUGCUCACGCCAUGGACAAGCACUUCCGCGAGACCCCCCUGAAGGAGAACAUUCCUGUCCUUGGUGGUCUUCUCAGCGUCUGGUACUCUGACUUCUUCCAGGCCCAGACUCACCUGGUUGCUCCCUUCGACCAGUACCUGCACCGCUUCCCCGCCUACCUGCAGCAGCUGUCCAUGGAGUCCAACGGAAAGACCAUCACCUCGGAUGGCUCUCCCGCAAAGUACACCACCGGUCCUAUCCUCUUCGGCGAGCCCUGCACGAACGCCCAGCACUCCUUCUUCCAGCUCGUCCACCAGGGCACCAAGCUGAUCCCCGCCGACUUCAUCCUGGCCGCCAAGAGCCACAACCCCAUCGGCGACAACGUCCACCAGAAGAUGCUGGCCUCCAACUACUUCGCCCAGGCUGAGGCCCUGAUGGUCGGCAAGACCGCCGACCAGGUCCGCGCCGAGGGUGCCCCUGAGGAGCUUGUCCCCCACAAGAUCUUCCUGGGCAACCGCCCUACCACCAGCAUCCUUGUCGGUGGCCACAUUGGCCCUGCCGAGCUGGGUGCCCUGAUUGUCUACUACGAGCACCUCACCUUCACCGAAGCCGCUGUCUGGGACAUCAACGCCUUCGACCAGUGGGGUGUCGAGUUGGGCAAGGUCCUGGCCAAGAAGAUUCUCAAGGAGCUCGACGAGCCUGGCAACGGCGACGGCCACGACGCCUCCACUGGUGGCCUGAUUGGCGCCUUCAAGAAGUACUCUAACCUGUAA